AUGGCCAUGCAAUCUAGCGGAGGCUACAGCCAGCAGUCCAACGGAGGCUACGGAGAGACCGGACCUCCUACGCCCUACUCGUUCAGCUACGACGUGCUGGAUGUCCGUGGUAACGACUUUGGCGCGGCCGAGGAGUCCAACGGUGAGGAGACCGUCUCCUACUCGGUUGAGGGAGACUCUGGCUUUGUGGCCGACGUCGAGUACGAGGGCGAGGCCAAGUUCCUCAACGCCUACGGCGAGGAGGAGGGUCGCAGCAACGUCAAGAGGGGACGUGGCCCGACCGGAGGUCAGGGUUACGGCUCCAGCCGCGGCCAGAAAUACGGCAAUUAG